UACAAAAAUAAUUAAAAAAAGAAAGAAAGAUAGAUAAAUAGAAACAAAACUCUAAAUAUAAUGUAAAAGAGAUUAUUAGCAAUAUUCUUAACAAUUACCUUGGCUGUUUGUUUAAAUAACAAACCUAUAAUUGGUAUUUACACUUAGCCUUCUGAUUAUCAAUUAUAUCCAGGAUCUAAUUAUUCUUACAUUGCUGCUAGUUAUGUGAAAUACCUCGAGGGAGCAGGUGCUUAGGCUGUUGUUAUUCCAUAUGAUGCCACAUUUGAAUACAUUGACAAUCUUUUUGAAAAAAUUAAUGGUGUUUUAUUCCCAGGUGGUAGCGUUGAAUUCGAAGUUUCUAACCCUGGUGAUUAAGAACGUGUGUUUUUAAAGAACGCAGUCUACAUUGUAUAAAAAGCUAAAAAUGCUACAGAUAAUGGUGAUUAUUUCCCAAUUUGGGGUACUUGCAUGGGAUUCUAGCUUCUCACUUUUAUUGGAAGUGGAUUUAAUAGCUCAUCUCUAGUUGAGCGUCAAUCAGAUAAAGGAAGUCACAAUAUUAAUAUCACUGAUAAGAAUAGCAAUAUGUUUAGACAUAUGCCUGAAUAAUUAGCACAACAUGCUUAAACUGAACCUGCCUUAUACUACAGUCACUCUACUUAUGUUCCUUUGAGUGCUUUCACUAGCUAAAAACUUUCAAGUAACUUUAAAAUUACUUCAACUGCAACCUAUACUCCUGAAAAUUAUACUUUUGUAAAUUCUAUUGAAUCUAUUAAGUAUCCUAUGUAUGGUAUUUAAUUCCAUCCUGAAAAGAAUAUUUACGAAUGGAAGGUUGCUGCCCCUCAUGAUUAUGAAUCUGAAUAAGUUGCUCAAUAUUUCGCUAAUUUCUUUGUUAACUAAACAAGACAAAACUACCACUCUUUCAAUGGAUCUGAUUUUAACAACUACUCAAUCUACUAGUAUCCUGCUGUCUAAUUAAGCGAUAGCAGUUUUGUCCAAGUUUAUAUCAUUCCUAACUUCAACAAAACCGCUUAAACAAACAGUACAACAAACUCUACCAGUCCUAGUUCUGAAAAAGAAAAAUUUCUUUCCUAUUGA